AGAAUAGAAACUGAGUUCAUAACAGCAACACAAAGUUUAGUGUUCUAAAAAUUUUAAACAAAUCUAACAACAUGAAAUUCGUUAUUGUUUCCUUGUUCACUUUGACCUUGGCUUUGGGCGUUCAAUCAUCCGUUAUUCCCUUGGGUGGUGUAGUAACACAAAUUGCUGGUGGUCCACUCGCACACACAUCCGUUAUAUCGCCAGUGGGUUUAUCACUGGGCAGUGCUAUUGCUCUUGGUCAUGGUUCAACUAUAGUUCAAUCUGCAGUUCCUGCUGCUAUCCCUUUGCAAGCACCCGCAGCUUUUGCUGUUCAUGCUCAUGCUGCCAUUCCCACAGCUGUUCAUGCUGCUGUUCCUGCUGUUGUAGCUGGUCCUGGUAGCUAUGUUGCCAAAACUCGUGGUGCUAUCCAUACUGCUCCCUUGGCAGGUCAUCUCAACUCGGUGGAUAAUGUUAAUGUUGCUCCAGCUCCUGGUACCAUCUAAACAUACAUAUGGUUUCGUUCACACCACCAUGGUAUUAAAAUUUCCCGCCAUUAAAUAUAUUUAACUGCCAGAGUUUAAAAGUUUUGAAGAAUUUUAUACACAUGUUUUUGAUUUCUAAAAUUU